GGAAAUAAAAAGAAAAAGAAAAAGAAAGAAAAGUAAAAAGAAAGAAAAAACUAUAAGAAAUUUAAUUCUUUUGAUUUUGUUACAUAUUGUUUCUCAAAAAAAAGAAAAAAAGAAAAAAGAAACAAAACAUACACACAUACCAUGUCAAUUUUUCGAUUAUUAUGUUUUUUAAUUACAAUUAUACUGGCAAUUUGUACAUUAGGGGUUGGUUUAAUUUUAUCACCAUAUUGGAAAGAUAAUGAAGAACCACCAAGAGAAGCUAAAAUUCAUUUAUCAUUAAGUUUAAUAUCGAUACUUUUUCUUGGUGCAUCAGGUCUUUUAAUUCUUGUCUCUAUUGUAUCUGGACCAGGUAGAACAAAGAAAAUAAUUAUUAUUACAAUGAUAUUACUUAUUUUAACUAUUGGCUUUCUCUGUGCAUCAAUUGUAUACAUGUUUACUCAAGUGAAUCAUUCUUUUGCAUUUUGGAUAUUUGCAUCAUUAUGGAUAAGUGUUACAUGUAUACCAUUUGGUUUAUGUAUUCUUUAUACAAAACCAAUUCAAAUGGAUCGUCUUUAAUUGAUUAAUUCUAUAAUGUUUAUUGAUUAUCAAUGAUAAUAAUGAUAUGUUCAUAUGGAAGUUUUAAUUUCAUAGUAAAUCAAAGCCAAGAAAAGAUU